AUUAGCUGACGCCAUGGCAACGUAGGCUAAGCUAAACUGUUAAGGUCUUGGGCCAAAUAAGUUUUAAGACCGUCUGAACUUAAAAUGUAAAGGUCACCGACUUUAUUUCUCCCGUUAAUUCGACUCAUAACCGAAGCUGUUAUGUUUUGUCCUGCCGUCAUGCGUUCAGCAGCCGCAGAUGGUCAGCUGGAGUUCAUCUCAAGUCAUUAUUAGAUAAACGCUGGAGCUCAGGUCAUGUCUGCGGAUCACUCAGCCUCACUGGCCGGGAGUCACGGCCUCCUACGCGGCCAACGCACCCGGUCCUACGGCAGCCUGGUGUCCUCUUCAUUAUCACCCGUUAGACAAAGACGAAUUGAGCAUAAAGUCCAGCCCGGUGAGACCUUGCAAGGACUAUCACUGAAAUAUGGCGUGUCUAUGGAGCAAAUCAAAAGGGCAAACAGACUGUACACAAAUGAUUCAAUAUUCCUAAAGGAGUCCCUCUUCAUCCCCGUGCUAACAGAGUCUGUGUCUUUCACAAAUGGAGUGGAAUUGACCAAGGACGAGACAGAUCCAACACAAAUACACACUGAGAUUUCUAAUGAGAUCCCCAAAAGCCAAGUAGACUCUAGAUGUGAAGCGAAUGCUGAUCUGUCACCAGUGGAAUACCUGAAAAAGAUGGACAGCUUGAUCAGUCAGUCCAAACAAGCAGCUGUGAAGACCUGCCAGGAGGGAGAGACACAGUUGUCAUCUACGGAACAACUCCAUCACAGCAAUCUGACAUCUGACCGAGCAUCCUCCCAGCAGGCCAUUUUGGGAGCAGUUCCCAUCACAAUCACCAGACGGACCAGGAAUUUGAGGGAUAGGGAGGAUGAGAUCUUCCAGCUGUGAUGUAGGCAUGUAUUAGGACUCCUCUGACUGUUUUCUAUCUUAAAAGUUGAUUGUUUUAGAGGGCUCCUUAAUUGGGUUUCAUGUCUUUAUAAUGUGGAGAUUGCUGGUUUGAAUUGCAAUAGUUCUUUUAUAAAAUUACUUCCAAGUUUAGACACACAUUAGCACUGUAAAUGCUUGAUGCCUAAAAGUAAUAAUGUGAAUUAUAAUUCUGCUGUAUUUCGUAUGAGCAUAACCAAAGUAAUGACACAUAGAUGUGUGUGACAUAGAUGACUGCAUUUAAAUGGAAGAACUAAUUAGGAAUCUAGCUUGAAAAAAUAACGCACUUGCUAAUUAAUAUUGAUUUUAAUACUACCUCACAAAUACUUUUAUAGUUAUAGAAAACUAAAAAGUAUAUGCUCUGGGAAUGUGCCACUGGACAUCUUUCAGAUCGUUUCCUGUCAAACGUGUGAACACAAUGCAUGGUUUUUCACUGCUUGCACAUGAUUGGUUUGGUGUUUUUCUGUUUGGUUUACGUAGUGCUAAAGUGUCUAAUGGCCUUUGUGGUUACCAAAACAUGAUAAAGACUUUGAUAAAGAAGUCUUGUUUCCUGGACUGGUUCGUGUUUUGCAUCAGUGAUAUGAAUGCAGCAGCCAAUGCACAAAUUAAAUGCCAUAAAUGCA